UACAUGGUUAGCUGUCCACUGGUUUUUUUAUUAAUCUUUUUUUCCUUUUAUUCCACCAGUUUUCCCCAGAUUUUAUUUUCUCUUAGCUUAUAUUUUUCUUCCCCCACCGUUUUGACAUUUGAAAACUUUCCGGGACUUUAUUUCCUUUAACGAAAGUCCCAGAUUCUUAAAACACAUUUCUCUUGGUAGAGAUCUGGAGUUAAGGUUUUUGCUCUGUUUUAGUCAACGAUCUGGGGAGUUCAGUUUGGUCUGGUUUUUUCUUACAGCUAAAGAAUCAAAGGAUUCUUUUUUUUGUUCUUGCCUUUGGUAAGACGCCAUUGGAGAGAGAGUGAAAAAUAACAACACCAAGACGAAGACGACGAGUUUCAGUUCAGUUUCUUUUUAUAUUCCUUAAAGCUUUUAUCUUUGUAUAUAAUACACGCGUGAACCUAGGAAUUUGACUCGUGUAAUGCUGCGAGCAGACUCAGUGAGUCUUACGCUUUCUCUGAAAAAUGCGUUUCUCCAUGAUUUCUGAAACACAGAUCGUUCAUUUUCAAUCUUUAUAGAGAUAUAAAACCUUACCCUCCAUACAUAUUUUUUUCUUCGUUUCUUUUUUUUUGUUGUUGUUGUUGUAUAGUAUAAAAAAAUGAUGAGAAUGAAGACUAAACCGACGGCAGCAACCUUUAAAGGCGGAGGUGAACCGGUUGCACGUGAAUGGGAACUUAGACCCGGAGGUAUGUUAGUACAAAAACGAAACCCAGAUUCCGAUCAAAUCACGAUCCCACCGGCGCCGACUAUUAGAGUUAAAGUCAAACACGGCUCUAUUUACCAUCAAAUCAACAUCAAUUCUCAAGCUACAUUCGGGGAAUUAAAGAAAAUGUUAACGGGACCAACGGGAUUACACCAUAAAGAUCAAAAGCUAAUAUACAAAGAUAAAGAGAGGGAUUCGAAUGUGUUUUUGGAUAUGGUGGGUGUUAAAGAUAAAUCGAAAAUGGUUUUAAUUGAAGACCCAAUUAGUCAAGAAAAGAGAUUAAUGGAGAUGAGGAAAAAUGCUAAAAUGGAGAAAGCUUCUAAAUCUAUAUCUGAAAUUAGCUUUGAAGUUGAUAGGCUUGCUGGCCAGGUUUCAGCAUAUGAAUCGGUUAUUUCAAAAGGUGGGAAAGUAAAUGAGAAAGAUGUGGUUAAUUUGAUUGAGCUGUUGAUGAACCAGUUGCUUAAAUUAGAUGGGAUUAUGGCUGAUGGUGAUGUUAAAUUGCAAAGGAAAAUGCAGGUGAGAAGGGUUCAAAAAUAUGUUGAAACAUUGGAUACGUUGAAGAUUAAAAACUCAAUGCCUAACAACAAUGGAGGAGGUGAAAUGGAAAUGCAAUCUGAAGACAAGCAUACCAAUGGGCAAAAAGUAGCCCCAAUCCAAGAACGCCGCUAUAAUCAGCAACAGCAACAAUCGUCGGCAGCGGAUGGGGUGGUAGUGACGACAAAAUGGGAGACAUUUGAUUCAUUCCCAGCAUUAGUGCCGGUCCCCUCGACAUCUACAUCGACUGCCAAUAAUUCAAUCUCUCCGCCGAAGUUCCCUUGGGAAUUCUUUGACUGAAGCAAAUGCCAUUUUUAUUGUUUGUGUGUGUGUGGAUGUGCUUUAGUGUUUGCCAUAUGAUCUUAUUGUUUUCUUCUUCAUUCUUUGACGUAGUUAGAUUUGGUUGAACAAAGCCCCCUUAUGUUUUGAACAUGUCAUUUUAUUAGUUUGAAUGGGAAAAUAAAUACGGGGGCUUCCACUGUGGUUCAAUUCUACAGUUCCAUUUCAAUUUGUAUUCUCCUAAAUUUAAUGGUCGCAAACAACUAUAUAUAUUUUUUAUGUUA